CGAGUAAAUUAGCAGAGGGUUCACACACUCGCGCAUAAAAAUAAAAACACCCCAUAAUGAAAUACAUCAUACAUACACAUACACCCUCGAUCGUAUCAGAAUCAGCUAAAAGAAGAGGUUUAUCACUACUAUGUUUAUCGUUUAUCAUCUAUCUACAUUCAACAACACCAUUAUCCAGAAGAAGUUCCUUUUUCUCAACACAUAACAAUCGUCUUGGUAUCCUUGGCUCUAGGUCAUAUUGCAGUCAAAAGAAAAAAGGAGAAUUUCUACUCAACGCUGUGUGUUUGAAUGCCGAAAAAGAGAGCCAAGCCAAAGCAGCCUUUUGUCUAUUUCUGUCAAUUUUCUCUUUUUCUUUUAGUUUAAAGCGGCGCGGUGACUUUUUCCCUUACGGAACCGUGCCUGAGUGUGUGUGUGUGUGUGCGUGAACAGAAUGAAAAAAUGAUCGAGAAAGUUCGCGCAAUGCAUAAGUGCCACUACACCAGUCAAAGCACGCAAGCAAGCUUUGUAAAACUUUUGUCUUUUAGACACCAAACCCUAGCACCUCCGGCGUUUGUGCCCGUUUCUCUUCAUAGCCCCUGAA